AUGAGGAAAAGAACAAAAACAACAUCUUUAGAAUUGCCUAAGCUAUCACCACAAGAUGAGAUUCACAUUGAAACUAACAACAAAACCGAAAAUAAAGAAGCGCCUAUACAAAGAAACAUUCCAGAAAUUAAAAAUAAUAUUGAAACGAAUUUAAAGAAUGAGGAAGACAUCAAACCAAAUAUGCAUAAUAGUGAUGAGACGACAAAAAACAUGGGAUGGCAGAAAUAUUCACCUGUUAUUGACUCAGAAUUUGGAAUUUGCAAAGAUUACUAUAAUACAGGCUAUUGCACUUUUGGAUGGGCAUGCAAAUUUGUUCAUAUACGAGAUAGAGUUGCUUUAGCUUAUGAUCUCGAUCGUCAAUUUGAGCAAAAACAACUUGAAACUUCAAGGCUUGAAUCAAACAAACCAACAGUGGAACAUAUCGACAUAUGUGCCAUUUGCAAAGGUACAUUCAAGAAUCCUGUUCAAACUAAAUGCGGACACGUUUUUUGCCAAAAUUGCGCUUUUGAACGAUUCAAAACAGAUAAAACAUGCGCUGUAUGCGGCGCUAAUACAGAAGGUAUUUUCAAUACUUACAAACCUCCUAAUUCAAAGUGA